GUGUGGAUGUGUGUGCGUUUCAUCCCUCCCUCCCAUCCCUCCCUUCCCCUCUCUCUCUCUCUCUCUCUCUCUCUCACUCUAAUGUGUGAUCUGGAAAGCUUAUAAAAGCCUGAUGUAAUCCUUAAUGCAGCCCCUGGCUACAAAGACUGGAUCUAGUUUCACAGAGAGAGAUUCAGAAGCAGAAUUAAAAAAAAAGAAAAGAAAAGAAAAAAGAAAAAGGAAAAAAAGUGGGGGGAGAAGAGAGAGAAAGAAAGAAAAGCAGACGAGUGGAUUUUAACCAAACAUAUCUUUCUGGAGAAGACUGUUCUCUCUCUUCGCUGCUGGGAAAGCUACUCUGAACCCUGCUGUAUAUUUUUGGGAGGGAAGAAGAAGAGGAAGACUUGAUUGCUUGGAUCUAAUGCUUUGCUGGCUUUUAACUGCGUUUUUCCGCUCUCCUAAGGAUUCCUCAAAACCCGGCUUAAUUAUUUUCAGCUUUUCUCUUCCACCUGCCUCUCUGCAGAGACACCAAAGGUUCUCCCUUCCUCUCCCUCCCCACUCCCGUUUCUUUUAGAAUAUUUCCCCCCCCCCCCCCCCCCCCCCGUUCGAUAUAUACAUAUAUAUAUAAAUGUGUAUGUAUAUAUAUAUGUAGAGGCAAGAGUGGAGGGAGAGUGAGCUCUGCCUUUUGGACUCCACACGCUGCCCUAUGUUGGGUUGGUUACCCCUGGAUAUGUCUCUGCUUUCCAUUUGGAAUUUGACAAAGGGAAGAAGGAGGAUAUAAAACCUGGGGAGCUCUGCAAGGUGUUGUUGAUGGCCACAGGAGGGAGCUCAAAUCCAGACAUGGGAGGAUUGGCUUGAUUUCUGAUCCAGAGCCACUUAAACUCUCACUUUUCCUCUAAGCUGGUCCCUGUUAUGUCCAGGAUCUGGCACCUGCUUGACAUUUACUUUGAGUUCCAGAGGACCAGAGACCUAGGAUGAGGAGCAUUGGAUCUGCCCUGAACCUGCUUUUGGUAUUGCCACUCUACUUUGUGUGGACCGUGGUCGCUCUGGACCUGGCACAAAAUCCCUGCACCACUUUGGUCCAGGGGAAAUUCUUUGGAUAUUUCUCCUCCUUUGCCGUCUUCCCAUUGAACUCCUCACUCUGCUCUUGGAUUAUCCAGAACCCUGACCCUCGGAGAUACACCUUGUACAUGAAGAUCCUCAAACCUACCGGCAUAUGUGACCACCAGCACAUCCGCACCUACCAAUUUGACUCCUUCCUGGAAUCCACCCGCACCUACCUGGGCAUGGAGAGCUUUGACGACGUGUUGAAGCUCUGUGAUGGGUCGACCCGCUAUGCUUUUCUCCAGUCUAACAAACAGUUCCUCCAGAUGAAGCAGACUGCACCUCCAGGAGUAGAGAACGGACCGGUGCGGUGGAAACCCAUCAAGGCUCAGGAGAGAGACUUCUCGGUGGAAUACCUCGUGGUGGGCAACAGGAAUCCUAGCAAAGCUGCAUGCCAGAUGCUCUGCAAGUGGCUGGAUGCGUGCUUGGCCAUCAGCAGCAGCUCCCACCCAUGUGGCAUUAUGCAGACUCCGUGCUCUUGCUCAGGAGGGGAGAUCCUAGAUCAAGCCAGUGAGAUCCUGGGGUUCCCGAAGAAGAAGGAAGAUUGUUAUAAGGAUGGAAUUUACUUAGAGAAUUGCCUGAGCAGCCCCAAGGACAGCAGUGGAGUGGAGUUCCUGGGUGGUUGGAACACGUGGUCGGCUUGGGGCGACUGCACCAAGGACUGCGGGGGAGGCCUGCAGACCCGCAUGCGUACCUGUAAGCCCCUUCCCAAUGAAGGCCUGGCCUGCGAGGGAGUCCUGGAGGAAGGACGUCUGUGCAAUAGGAAGGCGUGCAAUACCAAUGGACGCUAUAAUUCCAGAAGCCAAUCGCUGAGGUCCACAGAUAACAGAAAGCGAGAGGACACUGAUGAACUGCAGCACUACGGGUACCCUGCACCUCAAAUAGGUGACCCUGCAGCAGAGGAGUGGUCCCCAUGGAGUGUGUGUUCAACUACCUGCGGGGAGGGCUGGCAGACCAGGACCAGGUUCUGUGUGUCGUCUUCCUACAGCACUCAGUGCAGCGGCCCUCUCCGGGAACAGAGACAGUGCAACAACUCUGCCAUAUGCCCAGUGCACGGUACCUGGGAUGAGUGGUCUCCAUGGAGCCUCUGCUCUUCCACGUGUGGGAGAGGGUACAGGGAUCGGACCCGCACAUGCAAGCCCCCACAGUUUGGUGGGAACCCCUGCGAGGGCCCAGAGAAGCAAACGAAGUUCUGCAACAUUGCACUUUGCCCAGUGGACGGCAACUGGAAUGAGUGGUCGAGCUGGAGCUCCUGCUCCGCUUCCUGCUCCAACGGCACCCAGCAGCGGACGAGGGAAUGCAAUGGACCUUCCUAUGGGGGAGCUGAAUGCCAAGGACAUUGGGUAGAGACCCGAGACUGCUUCCUACGUCAGUGCCCAGUGGAUGGGAAAUGGCAAGCCUGGGGAGUGUGGGGGAGCUGCACCACUACUUGUGGAGGUGGAACUCAGAGACGUGACCGUGUGUGCUACGGACCCUUCUUUGGAGGAGAGACCUGCCAGGGUCCCAAGGAAGAGUAUAGGCAGUGCAAUGACAGGAAGUGUCCUGAGCCCCAUGAGAUCUGUGACGAGGAAAGUCUUGCCUCUGUGGUUUGGAAAGAGACGCCUGCUGGGGAUGCUGCAGCUGUUCGGUGUCCUCGCAAUGCCACCGGGCUAAUCCUUCGAAGAUGCACUUUAGAUGAAGAAGGGAUAGCUUACUGGGAGCCUCCAACAUACGUCAAGUGUGUUUCUAUUGAUUACAGGAACAUACAGAUGAUGACCAGGGAGCAUCUUUCCAAAGCUCAGCGUGGACUGAUGGGAGAUGGGCUGUCAGAAGUGCUCCAGAACCUUGUGGAAAUCUCCCAGGAUGGGACCAGCUACAGCGGAGACUUGCUGUCCACCAUUGAUGUACUCAGGAACAUGACAGAGAUCUUCCGUAGGGCUUAUCACAGCCCAACUUCUGGAGAUGUGCAGAACUUUGUCCAGAUCAUCAGCAACAUUUUAUCGGAGGAAAACCGGGACAAGUGGGAGGAAGCUCAGCUGAUAGGGCCAAAUGCCAAGGAAUUGUUCAGGCUUGUAGAGGAUUUCAUUGAUGUCAUCGGCUUUCGCAUGAAGGAUUUCCGGGAUUCCUACCAAGUGACGGACAAUCUGGUCCUUGGCAUUCACAAGCUGCCCGCUAACGCAGCAACUGACAUCACCUUCCCCAUGAAAGGCUGGAGAGGCAUGGUGGACUGGGCCAAGAAUUCAGAAGACAAGGUCACUGUCUCCAAGAGCAUCCUGUCUUCGGGGCUGACAGAGACAGACGACUCUUCAGUCUUCGUGGUAGGGACUGUGCUGUACCGGAAUGUGGGCAACAUUCUCUCGCUCCAGAGGAACAGCACUGUUCUGAACUCCAGAGUCAUCUCUGUGACUGUGAAGCCAUUUCCCCGGUCCCUUCUCACCCCUUUGGAAAUUGAAUUCUCCCACCUGUACAAUGGAACCACCAACCAGACCUGCAUCCUGUGGGAUGAAACUGAUAGCAGAGCCUCCGCCUCCCUGCCCGGCGCCUGGUCCUGGCGCGGUUGCCGAACGGUCCCGCUCGACGCCUCCCGGACUAAAUGCCUCUGUGACAAGCUCUCCGCCUUCGCCAUCUUAGCCCAGCUCAGCCCCGACAUGAACAUGGAAAAGGUGCUGGUCCCUUCUGUCACGUUAAUUGUAGGCUGUGGAGUAUCUUCGCUGACACUUUUGCUGUUGAUUAUCAUUUAUGUCUCUGUUUGGAGAACUCAGGUUUUUCCGUGCCUGGGGUAUCAUUGGAUCUGCUCAAGUCCUUGUCCUCUCCUGCUUUUCCUCAGGCUGGGCAGCACUGGGCAGCGCUGGUAUAUCCGCUCAGAGCGCUCGGUCAUUCUUAUCAACUUCUGCCUGUCCAUCAUCUCCUCCAAUGCUCUCAUCCUGAUCGGACAGACCCAGACGCGGAAUAAGGUGAUAUGCACGCUGGUGGCGGCUUUCUUGCACUUCUUCUUCCUCUCCUCUUUCUGCUGGGUGCUGACCGAGGCCUGGCAGUCCUACAUGGCCGUGACGGGUCGGUUACGGAACCGCAUCAUCCGCAAGCGCUUCUUGUGUCUCGGAUGGGGGCUCCCUGCCUUGGUGGUUGCCAUUUCUGUGGGAUUUACUAAAGCCAAGGGGUACGGCACCGUGAACUACUGCUGGCUGUCAUUAGAGGGAGGUCUUCUCUAUGCCUUCGUGGGACCUGCUGCUGCUGUUGUUUUGGUGAACAUGGUUAUUGGCAUUCUGGUUUUUAACAAACUUGUAUCCAAAGAUGGAAUAACAGAUAAGAAACUGAAGGAACGGGCAGGUCAGAUGGCAGUGCCCCUUUACGGCAUGACGCUCAAAUGUUCCAAGUGUGGAGUAGUUUCUUCUGCUGAAGUUUCGGCCACAGCCACCAGUAACGCCAUGGCAUCCCUUUGGAGCUCCUGUGUGGUCUUGCCACUCCUGGCUCUCACCUGGAUGUCUGCAGUUCUGGCAAUCACAGAUCGGCGGUCAGCGCUCUUCCAGAUCCUUUUUGCUGUCUUCGACUCAUUGGAAGGCUUUGUCAUUGUGAUGGUCCAUUGUAUCCUUAGGAGAGAGGUUCAGGAUGCUGUGAAGUGCCGAGUAGUAGACCGCCAGGAAGAGGGCAAUGGAGACUCUGGGGGGUCAUUUCAGAACGGACAUGCUCAACUAAUGACCGAUUUUGAGAAGGAUGUGGAUAUGGCUUGUAGAUCAGGUGAGCACAUCACAGUGCUGAAUAAAGACAUCACAGCCUGCAGGACCUCCACCAUCACAGGAACACUGAAGCGCCCAUCGCUACAGGAUGAAGAGAAAUUGAAGCUCAAUCAUCAGAAGGGGUCAUCAAACUUUAACAGUCUUCCAGCCAAUGUGUCCAAGUUGCAUCUUCAGGGCUCCCCGCACUACCUGGGGGCCAUCAACCUGAAUGAGUUCAGCAAUCACAGUCUCACUCUGAAGAAGGACAAGAAUCAACCACCCAAGUCUAUCUACAUCUGUGACGGGGACAUCUUCAAGAAGUUGGACUCAGAACUCUCUCGGGCACAAGAACAAACACUGGACACCAGCUAUGUCAUUCUGCCUACCAAUACAUCCACCUUACGGGCCAAACCACCCAAGGAUGAGAGCAAAUACAGCAUCAAUAUAGACCAGAUGCCCCAGACACGGCUGAUCCACCUCAGUAUGGCUACCGACCCAGGUUUUGUCGUCAAAAGUCCUCCACGGGAACCUGUGACCAUGACUUGCAGUGAGGUGCAAGGUUCUCCCAUGAUACAACAGCAGCAGCAGCUGCCUCCACAGAAUAUCCCCAGCGAGUCACAGAUUCCCAACAGCCUGUGUGACACAGGUGACUCAGGGAACUCAGGUGUGGUGUCCAAGAGUGAGACCGUCUCCACUCUCUCCAUGAGCUCCUUGGAGAGACGGAAAUCACGGUAUGCAGAACUAGAUUUUGAGAAAAUCAUGCACACAAGAAAACGUCACCAAGACAUGUUCCAAGAUCUGAAUAGAAAACUUCAGCAUGCAGAGAAGGAGAAGGAGUCUCCAACAACGGACAGCAAGCAAGAAAAACAGCAGACACCAAACAAGAGACCCUGGGAAGGAAUCAGGAAAGUCCAGUCCCCACCGUCAUGGGUUAAAAAGGACAUCGAACCUGUGGCACAAUCUCCCCUAGAACUAAAAACUGUAGAGUGGGAGAAAACAGGGGCCACCAUCCCUCUGGUGGGACAAGACAUUAUUGACCUUCAGACGGAGGUCUGAGCGGAAGGGGAAGAAAGGGACUUUUUUUUCCAGAAAACAAAUGAAACAAACAAACAAAACCACGUUUUAAAGAAAUGAUUAAAUUAAAUCGGAACCGAGUGAGAGAAGUGUUUGGUUUCUUUUGAAACCUUUGGUAAGACGGAGUAACUUUUGUAUUGUUCUCAGCAGAGUGGGGAAAUAUUGCUUUAUAGAGUAUAGUAGAUGUAGGUUCAGGACAACACAAGCUUUGCCAGGUAGGACUGGAGAAGAAGUGAGCCUGGAAGAGAGCGAGGAGGAGGCAGAGGGUGGGGAGGAGCUGUUGGGGAAGAGCCCUGUCGAGAUGCUUUGGGGCCACUGCCAUACGCCAGGACCCUUCCUGCUGUGCCACGGAGAGCUGCAGAAGGACACCCAGAAACCACCACCAUGAGCCAAGAAGAUAGAGGUUGUCUGGGGAGCACAGGAGGUGACGUCGGCGGGAGCCUCACCGAGAUGCGUUGUGGCUGUAGGUCCUGGAAGAGACACAACCUAUGGCAUCCCUUGCCAGACCUCAUUUCCCACCUCUCCCUCAUCAUCUUAUCCGAGAAGGAAGGCGCUGGGAUCUGUCAAGUGGUGGCUGAGGAAACAUCCCCACUUCUUCAUGCUAUCACAUGAUCUGGUGUCCUGGCAUCUCUGCAGCAUAUCCCUAAGGGGGUCGGGGGGAAGUGGUGGCGAGAGUCACAUCACCUAUGGCUUAGAGGGAGAGGUAAGGUGGGGCUUUCUCCUCUCAGCCCUUCAUGGUGGAGCUCCUGUGCACCCUAAGGGAUGGGACAAGCACUGGAGAAAGGAACCACCUCCAAAAUCUGCUCGCCCAGUCUCCAGGGAAAAGGUUGAAGGUGUUAGAAAAACAGACCAACAAGAAGAAUGUAGGUCAUUUCACUGACUGUUACAUAGAUAAACUCAGCACGGGCCUUGCAAAGGUCUGCUUGGCCUCAUCCUUUUUUUUUUUUUUUUUUUCCUGUUACUUUUCCUUCCUUUUGGACUCAGAUUUGUUCCAAGCUGCUCCUCCUUGGAAGGCAGAGAGAGAAAGAGGGAAAGACAGAUCCACCAAUGUACCUGGAGAUAUUUGGUAUACAGAGAUGUUGCCUUAGGACAUUGAGACAAACUGACAACACGAAUAACGUCCACUUGGAAACAAACAAACAAACAAAAAAAUAAUCUAUUUUUUUCCUUCUUCUUUUCUUUUCUUCAAUAAAAAGAGAACUUGAAACCCGA